AUGAUCCAAGGCAUCUUCUUUGCGCGCUUUCUUCCGCAGCAGGGUACCAGGGUGGUCCACCAAAGCCCGCCAGGAUGCAUUGUCUCGGAACCUGGUGUAGACAAGCCUCGUCUCUUUGAUUUUGAGACUAUGGCCGAGUACAUCAUUCCAAGACAAGCAUUCUGCAAUCGCUAUGUCACCAUCUGUGACCCCGAUGACAGAUACCGCAUCCUUGGACAUCCGGUCUGUAUCCAGGACGAGAAGUACGAACGAAAUGAGUUCAUGUUUAACUUCUGCAUUGUUAUUGGCGUUGGGGUGGACAAGAUACCGUACGAGGCGGUUGUCAGACGCUUGGCGAGUACGUUCACGGAGAUGGAGAUUCAGAAUCAGUACUUGAGCCUGGAGGGUGGAUCGAAGUCUCAAGAUCGAAGGUCUAUUGCGGCGCUACUUGAGAUUAUCAAGGAGGACUUGAAUAAUUACAACGAGUGCAUGAUCCCAGUUGAUGACGCUACCACCAUCAACAUGAAGCUCUUCCCCAUCUACAAACACCCACCACCCGUCAAGUCAUGGCACGUCCCCAUCGCCAAGAUGAAAUUCGCGGAAAUCAUAGACGACACCUGGGAUCUCACCAUGAAGAAAGUGAUCAAAGAAAUCGAUGGCAUCAAAGAUGUGCGUCGUAUCGCCCACGACGCUGAUGUCGCUCUCGAUCUCACCAAAAUCGCCCUGCAGCAUCUCUUGUACUACGAUUCCAUCCUCAUGAUCGAUCUCUUCCUCUUCGGCAACAUCUACGCUCCAACACCCAGCAUCAACGAUUUUGUUUCCGACAAAGACGGCAUGCAAGACGAAUGUGCUAACUACGUCUACAUCAACGGGCCUAGACUAUCUAACUUCUACCUCUGCAGACUCUUCACCAGUCUGUGUACGUCUCGUACUCUCAAGGAGUGGAUUAAGCUACACUUGGACCAGAACUUCCCGGUAUUGAACUAUGUAGAUGUUCGUCGUCUCAUUCAGUUCGGCGUCAUUAAAGGCUUGAUAUAUCGGGUCAACAAGUAUGCCGUAUCGUCGCAGUAUCUUGCUUCACUUGUCACCGGGCAAUCUGCAAAGAUUGACAGGGGAGAUGUGUUGCAGAAGUAUAUAGAUGGACGGCAUUGCUUUGAUCAGAUUACUGUGGAACAAAAUAUGGGGGAUGCGAAGAUUAUGGAACAGCUGAGGCAAUUUCAAAAGGGGGAUGUGGAGAUACUAUACCGUUAG